CCUGUUGCUGUCCAGUUGGUACGGGCCAGACCGCCGUAACCUCCUCUCCAUCCUGCAUCCCUAAGCUGCUGCUGCUGCUACUGCGUGUGCAAGCAAGAGAGAGCAGGGGCCGGCAGCAGACAGUACACACAAAGGACUCCUCUUGGGCUGUUGGGGCAGUCUCAGAGGUCCCAGGCUUGUGGCUGCAGGGCCAGAGGAGAAAGAUGUCUGGUGUCUGCAAGGCACAGGAGGGGAAGACCUCCCCAUAGACACACACACACACACACACACACACACACACACACACAUACACAUACACACACACAUACACAUACACAUACACAUACACACACACACACAUAUAGACUCAGGGAAACCCAAGCUCUAGCAGGUGCCAUUAUCAAUAAGCCAUGUCAGGCACUGCAGCACCGAACCACGGCAAACGCCUGUCAUCGGAGUCAGAGCACACCCAGAGGGUUCCUGACAUGGACACCGCCCAGCACCUGAAGUUGAGGGAGAGGCAACGCUUCUUUGAGGAGGUCCUCCAGCACGAUGUGGAUGUCUACCUGGCCACAUCGCACCUCCAGAUCGACAACAGGAAACCUCCUAUGGGGAGCAUCUCAUCUAUGGAGGUGAAUGUGGACCUGCUGGAGCAGAUGGACCUGAUGGACAUCUCAGACCAUGAAGCCCUGGACGUGUUCCUCAACUCAGGGAGUGACACAGGCCCUCCGGCCUCGCCCCUACCAGAGGUGUACGACGAAGAUGAUGAAGAUGAAGAUGAGAACGAGAAUGAGUUGGUCUACAAGGACGGAGUGGGCCCUCAGGGAUCAAUCAGGCGCCGCCCUGGUUCUAAGAACCGAGGGUCAUCCGGGUCUACGGGCUCUACUGAUCCAGACAGCCUAGACACAAGUGAGGGUGGGGCAGACACUCCUGUCAUCCAAUCAGACGAGGAAGAGGUGCAAGUUGACACAUUCCUCUUCUCCUCCACGUCAUCCGGAAAGGAGGAGGAAGAGGAGGGGGAAGAGGAAGAGAAUGAGGAUUUGCCUGCUCGGUCCUCGUAGCAGUCUAUUGUAGGUUUGACGGUUGGAGCAAGAUCAACCACAGUCAUACAAGUGUGAGAUUGUUACGUGUGAUUCUCGUUAGCUUCUUUCCCUUUGUCUCUCACGAACAGCAUUGCCCCUUGCAAGCCACUUCAGGGAAACUACAAGCUCAGCCUUUGAAAUGGCACAGAGUAUUUUUCAGACACACCCAAAUAAUAAUUCCCUUCAAGUGCCAUAAAUUAUUCACCCUUGGCAAUUUCCAUCUAAUUAAACAUUUUUGUGGUGUCUUACCUCAGGUGUCCUUUCAUAUCUUUCUCCUCUCCCCAGCUGUAACUAUCUAGUACAUUACAAACCACCAGUGAUAAAUGACUGCUAUGUCUGGCGGAGUUCAUUAUCUUCAAUUCAACUCAUCACUCAGUCCUCAUUCAAUUACAUCAAUGUAGUGUAACUGCAAAACAAACAGACAGAAUGCCAGAUUGACCGCUGACAAAAUUAAAAACAAUAAUUCUUUCUUGUUUCUCAAUACCUUUCUAUUAGCACAACGAGACAUUGUUUGACCAUAAACAGGAACUAUGCUUGCUAUGCUAUGACUUGACACAUGGGACGAGGAUGUUUAUUGUCAAGGAGAGCAUUUUGUCUGGUAUGCCCUCUGUAACCUUUUUCUCAUGACUUACCGACCACAGAAACUGAGCUCAGGACGAAGGCAGGGGAACAGAAGGACGUGAGCCAGUUCUCUGAGCGAAAGGGCAGGGAUGAGCCUGCAAGAACGGAGGCACCAAGCCAAGCACCGUCUCAGCUAUAGGGAUAGCUAUCUCCUUGGAAGAGCUCAAAUCCCAUCAGUGUGUGCUUCCUGUUUUAUUUGGUUUCUCAGCCUCACAGUGCUGACUGUGACGAGACACAUUUACAUAUCCCAUGUAUUUACUUACAUUUGCAUUGAAUCAUUAUAUAUGCUCCCUAGGACUCCAAGCCAUGAGUCGUCAGGCAUGGCGAGUCCUUUUGGUUCGAGUAGCUUAAGUAAAACACAUGUGGGAUCACGGCGCCAUGACUUAAGGUCUUUUGUGCAAAAUGACUUCACACUCUCAAGAGACCUCUUUCUACGGUAUUAUAUGUGUGGGGCAAUUUGACGAGCAUGGAUCUGAAUAACAUUAGUUGUGAAUGCAUGCCAUAGUGUAAGCAUUUUCGCCCGAAAGAAAAUAGUUUUCUGUGUGGUGUUUAGGUGCUUCGUGUGAAGCAUGUCGCCUUUAUGAAGAGCAGGGAGGUAGUGUAUAAUAUUCCUAUUCCAGUGGUCAAGCCUAUACCUACUGUUAUAAAACAGUUUUUGUAUUGCCAUGUCUUUGUAAGUGAAUGUGUGCCUGGAUGUGAAGCUGUGUAAGUGUUGGUGUUUGUGUGUGUGUUUCCAAAAAAGCUCUCUGUGUGUAUGGUGUGUCUGUGAGGCAAAACACAGUUGUAAGCUUCCCACCUCACCAUCUGCCAUAUUUCCAUACGUACAUAUCCUAUGUGUGCAACUGUCUUCAUUUUAGGCGUGUAUUAAUAAAAGAGACUUCACUUUGGUAUGUGA